CCUAAAUUUGGUCUUUUGUCUUUGUAAUUACAAUGGCUCCAGGAACUCUUACUGAGCUCGCCGGAGAGUCUAAGCUCAACUCUAAAUUCGUUAGGGACGAGGACGAACGCCCUAAAGUCGCUUACAAUGAGUUUAGCGACGAAAUCCCGGUGAUCUCUCUCGCCGGUAUCGACGAUGUUGAUGGUAAAAGAGGAGAGAUCUGCCGUCAGAUCGUUGAGGCUUGUGAGAAUUGGGGUAUCUUCCAAGUGGUCGAUCACGGCGUCGAAACUAACUUGAUAGCGGAUAUGACUCGUCUCGCUCGUGACUUCUUCGCUUUACCUCCGGAAGAGAAGCUCCGUUUCGACAUGUCCGGUGGUAAAAAAGGAGGAUUCAUUGUCUCUAGUCACCUCCAGGGAGAGGCUGUGCAAGAUUGGAGAGAAAUUGUGACGUAUUUCUCGUAUCCGGUGAGAAACAGAGACUACACACGGUGGCCAGAUAAGCCGGAAGGAUGGGUGAAAGUGACGGAGGAGUAUAGUGAGAGGCUUAUGAGUUUGGCUUGUAAGCUUCUUGAGGUUUUGUCUGAAGCUAUGGGUCUUGAGAAAGAGUCUCUUACCAAUGCAUGUGUCGAUAUGGACCAGAAAAUUGUUGUUAAUUAUUAUCCAAAAUGCCCUCAGCCUGACCUUACUCUCGGACUCAAGCGUCACACUGACCCUGGAACCAUUACUUUGCUGCUACAAGACCAAGUCGGUGGACUACAAGCCACACGUGACAAUGGCAAGACGUGGAUUACGGUCCAGCCUGUUGAAGGAGCGUUUGUAGUCAAUCUCGGCGACCACGGUCAUUUUCUGAGCAAUGGGAGGUUCAAGAAUGCUGAUCAUCAGGCUGUGGUGAACUCAAACUCGAGCAGAUUGUCCAUAGCUACAUUCCAGAAUCCGGCCCCCGAUGCCACCGUGUAUCCACUUAAAGUAAGAGAAGGAGAGAAGCCGAUCUUGGAGGAGCCAAUCACGUUUGCUGAGAUGUAUAAGAGAAAGAUGGGAAGAGAUCUGGAGCUGGCUCGCCUCAAGAAGCUGGCUAAAGAGGAACGUGACCACAAGGAAGUUGCCAAGCCUGUCGACCAAAUCUUCGCUUAGAAUCUUUGUUUCUCGCUUACUUGUUGUGUUGGUUCUGUUUUGUAUGUUGGUACUGAAAAUUAUGCUACGCUUGGUGUGUUUUGUGUUGAUUUAUUUUCUUUCUAAUCAUAUAGAAAUAAUGAUAAUUGAUGCAC